AUGGCACAAUCAGAAGAACAAUCUCACUGGAGGCUCGUCAUGGUGAGGAUGGCCCUUGGAGAGGUUAUAGAUAGCGAGAACACUUCAUCGUGGGGCGAGGAAGAGGAGGAGAAGGAGCGCUUGGGAGCUGGGGAGAUGCGCGGUGCAGACGCGCCACCGCGUACGGCGGAGCGGAGGCCAGAUCUCACAAUCGCCGCUGCCAUUCGGAUUAUGUUUCACUCACUUUUUCCGUUGACGAGUCGAAGGCAAAACGACCAUGAACUCCACAGCCAGGAGUCUGAGGACUUGUGGAUAGCAUUCAUGAAGGAAGUAUCAGGGAAAUACUUUCCUUUGAGAACCUUCGUCAAGAGCAAGUCAGGCUGA